UUUUUGGUUUAUUAAUUUGAUUGCUUAUUCAUUGAAAUUGAGGUCAAUUAGUUUUUUAUCAAAUGACAUCAUUAAUUGGAAAACCUGAAAUUGAAAAUCUAUUCGACUCUUUGUAUCAGUAUCAUUUUAUUGUAAAUACAAUCACAAUUUUGCUUUUUGUUUCUGUUAUUAUGGACAACCUUACAUCAAUUGGUUAUUACGCUGUUUAAACUACUUGAUCAAUGAUAAUGAUGAUCAUCAUCUUCUUCCCUUCUUUCUUUUCCCUCUCUCUCUUGCCUUGAGAGUUGUCCUCCUGAAAAUAGUGAUCUCCAUCUUGUUAAUGUGCAUGUUAAUUAUUUAACGGAAAAAGAUUAACUCACAAUAUGGCCGCUGAUGUUUUUCAUCCAUUUAUUGCUAUUAAUUCUAUAAUUGUUUACUUCUUUCUAUUUUCCUUUCUUCCUCGCCUUUUCUCUUCUUCUAAUCAGUUUCAAUUGCUAAUGUCAUGUCUUUGUUAAUUUCAUGUUGCUGUAAUCAUUUUUCUCUUCUCUUUACUUUCACUUGAUUUAAUUCAAUUUAACAUUUCACUCUUUCAUUGAUCAUCUAAUUAUUGAUUGUCUUUUUUAAUCAGACGCCAGUAAGCUUGCCUGAUAAUCAUUUCAAUUAAACACAAUCAAUAAUCAUUAGUUUCACCAAAAUUCACCAACAUUUCCUAUUACAACAAUACGCAAAAAUAUUUGACCAUCACUUUCAAUAAACCUGUUUAGCUGUUUUUGAUUGUUAUCAUUUAAAUUGUAACAAUUUGCUUGCACAACGAUAAUGGUAACUUUAAUCAUCCGAAAGCUUAAGGCCUAGCCUUGAAUUGCUGGCUUUGCUUUAUUAAUUAACUUUAUUUCCAAUAAAAAUCAAGUGAAAAUGAGAAGGGAACAAAUAAAGCAAAUCUCUCUAUGAAGAUCAAUGGAUAAGCUAAAAUCACCAAUUUUUGUCGUUUACCCCCAACAAUAAUCAAAAUAAACAGUGUUGAUAGAGAUUCAUCUCGUUUCCGUCAUAAAUUUCAACCAAAUUUUAUGAUUAUCAUUACAUAUUAUGUAUUAAGGAAGUAUUAUUAUUGAGAUUAUCUUAUUAUUUACCAUCUUAACGACUACUGGUUAAAACUGUAAAUCCGCAAAACAAAAAGUACUAAACUAGAAGCACUAAUAAACAUUUUAUAAUCUAGUCGUUUAAUAUUAAUAGUUACCCUUAAUUGAAACCAUUUCAGUCUUUCCAUGUUUCCGUUGAAAGCUGACAGUGAAAAAAAUAAAACAAAGAACCCAAAGAAUUGCAUGUGUGUAACAAAAAUACCAAUGAUUUCCUUGUAAAUAGCGGUUAGAAACAGAAGAGAAAACAAUUGAGUUUAAAAUAUAAACCAGAAAAUCUGGUUACCUUUGCUUUCACUAAAAAAUAAGCCUAGACUUUCAGGCUAAUAAGUGAUUCAAGUGAAGACCUUUUUUUGAACUGUGAUACAUCUUCUUUGUCUUUUCUAAAUUCUACAUUGAUUUCAAACGACUGACACUUUUUGAAACCAACAGCUUUACCCAAUACUUUCAACACUAAUAACCCAAAAGUAAAUAACUAAAAGUCUAAACCCAUAAUUUUCAACUCUUAAACCUAAAUCUAUAAAACCAAAGUAAAAAUUGUAAAGUGUUUUAACCAGAUAUUGACCCAGGUAAUCAUCAUCGUUUGUUGUCAAGUGACUUUUUUUGUUAACCCAUCUAUUACCAAACCUAUCAAAAUUUGUGCUGCCUGACUAUUGUUUGAUUGCCUGUCUGAAAAUGGUAAUCAAAGAUGAAACUAAUAGUUCACUUUCAUGGAGACGUUUACAUCUUUCCCGAGCCAAGUUGAAAGCUUCAUCGCGAACUUCAGCCCUUCUCUCUGGAUUUGCCAUGGUGGCCAUGGUUGAAGUUUCUCUAAAUUGUGAUUCUCCUAAUCCAGUUCCUGCGCCAUUAUUAAUAUCUUUUGUCCUCUGUACCACGCUACUCGUUAGUGUUCAUAUGUUAGCUUUAAUGAUAUCAACAUGCAUUUUACCCAACAUUGAAUCUGAUUGUGAAUUAGGUGAUCAAACAACAUAUACACCAGCCAUUCAAUCAAGGACUCUAAUUGAUUCACCUCAUGAUGCCUUGUCCCAUUAUAUUGAAAUUGCUUGGCUUUUCUCCACUGUUCUUGGUGUCUUCUUGUUCCUUAUAGAGAUUGCCUUUCUUUGUUGGGUCAAAUUUUGGGACAUUGGGGUUAGUCAAGGAGGAACCGGAAAAAAGGCUGCAACUGCCGCAACUCUUUUACUAAUUCCGGUUUUCAUCAUCUUCAUUGGCUUUGCUAUUCACUUUUACAGAAAAUUGGUUAGCUACAAGUAUGAAAGAUCGGCCAAAAAUUUGGAAGAAUUGGUUACUAUGGUUAGUAAUUUACAACGAGAUCCAGUUUGACCUUUUGUUAACCAUUUCAAAAGAAUCCAGUUUCAAUGGAAACCAAUUGUUUUUCCAAAAGUAAUUUCUUUCUCAUGGAUAGCUGAUUUAAAUUGAAUAUCAAAUGAUCAAUUAACUGUUUAAUGAUUAAUUAUUCAUCAACAAUCCAUCAGAUUGCCACUGCUUUUUCCUGUUGGCUUCAACAUUCUCAUUCCAGACCAAACUGAUCAACUCUAAUCAACCAGAUUAAUCGUGAAAGAUUAUAUUUUUUAAGGACAAUUUAGCAUCUUCUUCUAGUUGUACAAUCUGGUUUAUUGUUCAAAGACUGUUAUGAUUGAUUUAAUCAAUCAAUGAUGUACAAAACUUGCAUGUAUUUACAAUUAAUAGUCAAUUGGAAAAAGAUUGUUUUCUAGUCAUCAGCAAAAAUCUUCAUCAUCAUUAAGUUAAUGAUAAAGUUGAAUGAAACAAAUGUGUUUAAAUCAAACAAUACAACAAAAACGUUAACAAUUAAUUCCUCAUAAUUUUAAUUAGCAGCUACAAUAAUGCUAAUAGUAAUAAAAUAACAAGCCACUAUUAGGCUGUUGCUAUUAUCAAAUCAAUGUUUACCAUCUUGACUAGAUGAGAUCAAUGAUAAAUUGUAUUAUGGUUAUUAUAACUGUUGAUAAUAAAUUGUAUGCAACUUA